AUGCCAUCAACCAAUCUCUGUCUGGACGAAUCAUGUCCUCCAUACAGUCUAAUGGACGAUUAUAGCGAAGGAGCUCACCCACAAAUCCUGGAAGCACUUCUGCGCACAAACUCAACACAACAAGUCUCAUACGGCGGUGAUGAGUACAGCGAUUCAGCACGAGAAUUAAUCCGUUCAAAAAUAAACUGCACUGCUUCCGAAGCAGAAAUAUUUUUCGUGCCUAGCGGAACGUCCGCAAACUUGAUCUCAAUCGCUAGCUGCCUGCGUCCUUAUGAAGCUGUUAUCACUCUUGAAUCUGGCCAUAUCGCCUGUAAAGAGGCUGGUGCAAUUGAAGCAACUGGUCACAAACUCAUUCUUGUUCCACCGGUUGAUGGAAAGAUGACUGUGAUCAAUUUGCAAAAGGCCAUUCAACAGAAUCAGUUCUUUCCUCAUAUGGCUAAGCCGCGUCUUCUUUAUAUUUCUAAUGCUUCGGAAACUGGAACUGUGUACACGAAACGGGAAUUGAGCAGUUUGUCUGCUUGUUGCAAGCAGUCCAACCUACUACUUAUGGUUGAUGGUGCCCGAAUUGGAACCGCAUUGUGUUCGAAGAAGAAUGAUAUGACUCUGAGAGAGAUCUUCGAUUUCAGUGAUAUUUUCUGGAUCGGAGGAACGAAGGCUGGUGCAUUAAUGGGCGAGGCAAUCGUUGUGAAGAAGCACCUCGCAGAGGGAUUCGUCUUCCACCUUAAACAACACGGUGCUUUGCUGGCAAAGGGCCGAAUCAUGGGUGUGCAAUUUAUGGAAUUGUUCCGGGAUGAUCUGUUUUUCACCUUGGCUGAACAUGCGAACGCAAUGGCUGAGAAGAUCUCGGCUAACUUCGAGUGUCUCGGUCAUGAACUUGCUGCUGAGACGGCUACCAACCAAGUCUUUGUUACUUUGCCUGAGAAUCUGGUUCGGAAGUUGCAAGAUAGAUUCAGGUUUUAUAAUUGGGAGCAAUUGGAUGAUGGAAGGGUGGUUAUUCGGAUUGUUACGUCCUGGGCUACGGAUGAAAUGCAGGUUGAUAAGUUUAAUGCGUGGGUGGCGCACUGGACUGCGGCCAAGGAGUUUUAA